UGGACAUGGACAUGGCUGACGAUGCCAACACCUGGAUGGAGACGGCCAGCACCCGCUCACUCUGCUCUCUGGACGCCAUCUCCAACAUGACUGAUGCAUCCUGCAUUGUUGAGGAGAGGACUGCAGCGGACGCUGCAUGCAUGCUGGCAGUGGCCACCUCCAAGACAGGACACUCCUCUGAGCUGGGAGUUGCCAUGGAGACCACAGCAGUGAUAGACAAGAGGCAGGUGGAGCUGCUGCUGCUGGAGGAGACCCUGAAGGACGACCACAACGUCUCCGACCACAACAACACGGAGCCUGGUCAGGGCAGCGCCGAGAAGAAACAUGGCAAGUACUGCAGGGCGAAGAAGUGGGUGCGGUCCAAGCUCAGGAAGGGUUGGAAGAGGCUGACCCGCCGCGCUGGCUAGGGAGGGACACUGACCUUAAGAUAUCUAUACAGGAAUAUUAAUGUUAAUUAUGUGGUGGAUAAGUCCUGAAAGCUUGCAGUAGAAUGGGUUAGGGGAUGAAAAUUGCUCUGAAACAUCCUUUAAGCUAGGGGCAGCAGAGCAAUGAAGAAUUUUUAAGUUCUCAACCCUUGUAAAUAAUUUUUGUGCCAUUCUGGCAAGCUCAGCAUUUUGGUCUCUCAGGUUAACACACGAUAGGUUUGGCACCCUCACAGCUUUUUGCCUUACCCAAUUGUGUGAUAUUGUACCCUCUGAAACAUGGUAUGGGACAAAACCAUAUCUAUGGUAGGUGUGAACCAUGGGUUUGAAUAGCAUGUAGUUUCAAUAUUUAUUCCUCAGGGGACAAAAUGGUUGAAACUGUCCGUAUUGAGUGUCAAAACACUACCCAGGGAUGGAAGGACAGACACUGGAGUCACUGGUUAAGCCCAGGUGACCUGGUCUGAAAAGUAUUUUUUUAAGGAUGUGUAACAUGUAUAUCAUCAGUCUCCAGAAUUUCUUGGGCAAAAGCCUGUAAGAAUACAGGAUGAAUUUUUAUGUGUAUAUAAAUACAAAAUGUAAAAAAAAAAAAGAAAUCUAUCAGGUGUACAGUUUGAGCCAAUAAUGGCUCCAGGUCCCUUUAUGGGAGAGUGAGAAAACAGACAGGCUCUGUUCAUGUGUAUAUAAAGAUGAAAUAUGAAAAAAAAUCAAUGUGCAAGGCAUUAGCAUUGUCUCCAGGCUUAAGCUUGUCCCUUGCUGGGAUAUGAUGAGACACUGUGGGUGAAAUUCUAUGUAUAUGUAAAUGUAAAAUGUAUUUU